AUGCACUUUCCCAAGCUGAGUCCGCUGCAAUGUCGCUUCACAGUGUCGCUGGCGGCAUCGCUCAUUGUGCUGUUCAUCUAUCUUUUCCUCUGGAACCCGCACUUCGCCUACGCCGCCGAGAUUGAAACCCCGAACCAUGUCUCCCCGCUCAUAGCGCUGGAUGAUUACGCCCUCGACCUGACAGACGACUUGGACGACGCAGAAGACGCUGACGAGGCCAUACAAGCAGACUACCAAGAAGGACAGCAUACGAAAAGAGCAACGGGAGAUGUGGUGACGCUGGGCGGGAGCAACGUGCCGGGCCUGCUUAACAUCGAGGCCGGCAACACAACCGUCUGGCACUUUAGCAACACGUCGCUCUGGGGUCCCUAUGCAAACGCAACUCCUGGUCUUCCUAGCAGUAUCGACGAUGGAGAUACGGGCGACUCUGGCACCAUCUACAAGCGCCAGAACCCAUCCACCAGGCUGGUCUACAUCUCCGUCACUACUUGUCUACAACCACAGUGGAAUGGCUCGACAAACCAGACGACUCUGCCACCUCAGCUCACACUCUACGUCUCCAACUCCACCUCGAACAAAGAGCCUGGCCCAAAUGCUCCUGCCAACAGCCAAGUUGCCAUUACUCUCAACGAGGGCUUUGCCAAUUACUCGAUGAAUGCCACAACCGACAUCUACAUGUCUGUCCACGCCCCUCAAGUGCCCAGCAACUUCACUGGCAUUUGGAACUACGAACUGGCCGCCUCAAUCGACAACUACUAUCAUGGCGCCCAUCCCGACUCGCCUUUCCUCUAUCUGGUCGACACCGAUACCCAUGCCGCUCUGCUCGUCACAAACAACUUGACCGAAGCCGAUCCAGGCGACCUCGUCUAUCAACAAUGGAUGAAUCUCACCUCUCCCUUCACUGUCUUUGUCCAGCCCACCAUCGACAAAAGCCUGGAUGGUAUGAGGAACAGCUACUGCGGCAUGACCCACGCUAGCAUCAACAACGCUUCAAGCUCUGUACAGUCGGGCAUGAUCACCCGAGGUUUAGGUCACAAGCCCAAAGAGCAGUUCUACAUCCAAAACUUGAAUGGCAGUACCUCAUACUUCGGGGUUUUGGCCAUGGAAGGCAACUCGACAAAGACAGGCAGCGGUGUCGUCGGUGGUGGAGGUCAAGUCUGGCAGCCCGUCAACUUCAAGACCAAGGCUGACAACAACUGUGCUCUCGUCUUCAACUUGACCUUCUGCCACGAUGUUGCCUACGCCGUGCCUAGCAACCAGGAUAGGUAUCCAGAUCAGCCCUCGCUCAGCGCUGUCUAUGACUCGUAUGCCGCCGGUCUGUAUGAGAACUUUGCCAAGUCACUGCAGCAGAUUCCAUGCAACACAACUCUGUCGGCGCAAUAUUCACCUGCCAAGAACUGCGACGACUGUGCCGAUGCAUACAAGCAAUGGCUCUGUGCCGUCACCAUGCCACGCUGUGAAGACUUUUCUUCUCCUUUGCCAUGGCUGCAGCCCCGCAACAUGGGUCAAAAGCCCAUCAACUCAUCCUCUUCUUCCAUUGGCAGCAUGCCGAACUCGGCUAUGUUCCAGCAAGUUCAAGGCCAGCUAGACCAGCAAUACAUACCCAUGACCUCUGCCCCUGGUGACAGUGACGCCUUCCGCCAAACAUACGGCUCUGUACGCGCCUCCAACAGCUCCCGCAAUCCGACCAUCAUCGUGGAUCAAAUCGCUCCUGGCCCGUACAAGGAGGUCUUGCCUUGUGAAGAUCUGUGUUUCAGCCUGGUGCGCAGUUGUCCUGCUGCUUUGGGCUUUGGCUGUCCCGAUCCAGGUCGAGGGCUCGAGGUCGACUAUGGCCAGAGAAGUGACGAUGGACAAGUCACUUGCAGUUACCUCGGCGCGGUGUAUUAUUUGAAUGCCGCGCCUGCUCUUGGUGGCGUCACGUCACUGGCUGUUGCGAUUGCUGCUGUGCUCUCAUUGUGGAUAUUGGCAUGA